UUAUACGCCAUUCUGCAUUCGGUGUCUGAGCUACAUGUAGAUAGCGUUUCUCAGUGAGAGAUAUAUUAUUUCGUUUUCGAGAGCGUCGCAAGAUAAGUUUUUUCAUCAUAUCAACAUUCUAUUCCUCCUGAGGAUAUGGAUACUAAGAUGGAAGCAGAGCUGAUCAAGAACGAGGAGAGGCAGGGUGUCGAGGAAGCUACCGAGGAAGCCACCGAAGCCCCUCAACCGGUACAGCAGGGACCACCCUCUUAUGUUGGUUAUCCUAACGGCCCGACCCAACCACAGGGGAUGUAUCAUGUAUCUCAGCCUCAGCAGCCAACUUACAUCAUCCAGAACAUACCCGCCCAGCAAUCAUCUGGAUGCUGCACCGGCAAAUCUGAUUGGUUCAAAGAAUCGGUUGGCAUGACAACAGGUAUCGUCCAGCUCAUCAUCGCUAUCGUUGCCAGCAUCCUAUCUGGAGUAGCCAUCUGGCUUCAAGUCCGGGCUGAUAUUUACGUCGGCCCAAUGGGGACGCCAAUCGGUGCAACCCUUUUCAUAUUUCUCCCCGCUGGAAUUCUUGGAGCUUGCUCUAAGAACAAGAGCAACUGUGUGAUCGUGGCAUACCUCGUGAUGUCAAUCCUGGCUGCUAUUCAGGCAGGCUUCGUGUGUGCAGUGGAGUCGGUAUUGGCUGGGUUCAGCUUCCAUUCAGUCUGCCCCGAUAUUCCUGACUAUCGUGAUUAUCCUCCAUUCGAUGUUCAUGGGUUUGAGUAUCCUGAAAUCGCAGUCGACUACGCCUGUUCGUGGGAGCGUUUCAAGUGCCUGACUGCCGUACACGCCCUGAUCGCUAUCCUGAUGUUCGCCGAGUUCAUCGUCGCUAUCUUAGCUGCUGCCACCUGCUGUGGCGGUCUCAAUUGCUGCUGCCCUCGACAACAGACACAGCAGAACCGCUCCAAUGCCAUGAUGUACUGUCCCCAGGCUGGCGUUCAACCUUUCCAAGCCCAGAUGGGUACUCAUGUUGUCCAGGGAACUGAGCUACCAAUGAAGGCCUAGGAUGGACAAGAGAUGGCGCUCUCACUUUUCAGAUGUCGAUGACUGCAUUCACUGACGACCAUAAAUUUUUCUCCAUUUUUACGUGAUUAAUUUACAUAAUGAAAUACAACCGAAAUGAGAUAUUUAAUCCCCGGAUAUAAUCAGUACUACCGCAUACUUCAAGCCUUACAAUGAAUUAUUGAAAUACUACUGAGUUAUCAGUAGAUGUUUACGAAAUUUAUCCAUUAAAAUAGAGUGCAGUCACAAUAACCAUGAUAAUAAAACAAAAAUUAGAUUCAUUAUCGUCACUCAUUUCGGAUUAAUAAACCAACAAUGAUAAAGUUAAUGGUGGUGGUGAUAGCCAGUCAGGUUAUAGCAUCUGUUGAGAAGAAAUGCUGUAAAUAUGAAAUGUAGAUGUUAUACAACUUCUGUCUUUCUUGACUAUAAAAGAUAUAUAUACGUUCAGGCUGAGAAUUUAUUGCCCAAUAUAAAAGGGUCACUUUUGGGGAAUUGCUCUACCCCUCCAAAGAGAGUUUUUAUGGCCUAAUUUUCAUUUCGUCCAAUGCCAAUUAAUCCUUUUGCCAAAUCGUCUACUUUCAUUUGGUCUACCAUCAGUUCGUCCAAUAUCCACAUUGUCUAAUUGCCAUUUCGUCCACCCACCAUUUCGUCUAAUAACCAAUUGGUCCAAUAGCCAUCUAGUCCAUAUUCAAUUUGGUCUAAGUAGACUAAGUUUUAAUUGGGCAAAAUAAAUGAAAACAAAACGAAUAUCAUAGACCAACUGGUUGUGAGAUGAAAUGUUCAUAGACCAACUGGUGAUUAGAGGAAGUGAUGAUUGGACCAAAUGGUUUUUUGACCAAUGGUUGUUAGACGAAAUGACGAUGGAUGGAAUGGCAUUAGACUAAAUGAAGGUAGACCAUGUGGUGAGUGUCCCAGUCGGCAGUGGACGAAUUGGCAAUUUACCGUCUUAUGUAUCCAAUUAUAGUUCUAAUAUGAAUAAUGUAAGUGUAUUUAGAUUAUCAUUAUUUUCAUGAAACAAAAUCGAGUAUGUUGGGAGAUAAAGUAAGAAAUA